UGGGAACGUUUCCAGUCGUGUGCUGACAUUCACGUCGAAAAUAUUUAAUAUUCACAAGCAUUGAAAGUGGAAUUUUGGAAUUAGCAUUAAAAAUAAAAAUUUGCAUUUCAAUUUAAAUUAUUAUAAUUAAAAAAUGGAAUAUAUUUAUUCAAAUGUUGAAUUGCGGAAGAUUAAGAAAUAGUGAAAUUUUGAAUUAAAGGAUUGCCAAAUUCUAAAAUUUCGAAAUUAAAAUAAUCAUUAAAAUAUAUAAAUUGUAGAAAAUCAUAAAAAUGAAAAUUUUUAAUUGUGCAAAUUAUCGAAUCCUUCAACUUUGAACUGAGAGAAGAAAGUCAUAAUCCUUGAAUUUUGAAUUUGUGAAAAGUAUCAAACUAUAAAAAAUCAAAUUGUUAAUCUUAAUCGAAUUAAAUUAAAAAAUUUUAAAUUGCAAUUACUAAACAAUAAGUUAAAAAAAUAUCAAGCAAAUUCUAAAUUUUCAUUCAAAAAAAUUGAUUAUAUGAAGAAAUAAUAAUAAUCUUAAAUAUUCAAUUAAUUGUUUUGUCUCUUAAAAAGAAUGAACAAAUUUAUAUGUUAUCCUAUUAAAAGUAAAAAAAGAAACAGGAAGCUUAUCGACAUCGACACCCUUUUGAACGUGAUUCAUCAGUAUUUGUAACCCUUCGUUUAAUAGAAUAGUAAGACUUCCGAAUGAUAUCGGAAAUUUAUCAAUGUAUUAUUCAAAUAGAAUCAUGAUAUACGUAUGAAUCAUAUAUUGAAUUUAUUAGAAAAGAUAUCAUUGACUUAAGAGAUAUAAAAUGUCUUCUUCAGCUGAGAAAUUAAAAAGAAAAUCCAACAUAAGUGGUCGAUCUAAAAAGAGUUUCAAUUUUUGUAGCACACCUGUGUUUGGUAAAAUAAAUAAACCAGAUAGUAUAAGUGUAUCUGCAGUUGAUACUAAUUCUUCAUCGAGUACAAAAGAAAAAAGAAGAGAAAUUGUAACUAAAGAUAUUGAAAAGAAACAAAAAAAGAAAACAAAAUUAAAGCAAAAGAAAUUAAAGCAGAAAAAAGAAGAUAUUAAUAAAAUGGAAGAGAAAAAAACAGAGAAGAAAAAGAAAAAGAAAAAAAAGAAAAAAAGAUCAAAAGAAAAAAUAAUACAAAUACAUUCUGAUGAAAAUUGGGAAACAUGCGAUGAAGUCUCGCGAAAAUCUUCAAUUAGAAAGAUUAUUUCAAGAUCUGAAAAUGAUAUCUUGUUUGGAGAUUUAAAAUCGCCAGAAAAAAUUCGAGAAGCACCCUGUUUUAUUGAAGAAUGUUUAGAAUCACCGAUUUUACGCCCUCGAGAAUGGAAGAUCGAAAGUCCAGAAAAAAUUAAUUUUCAAGAAAAUGAACUAUUGCCCUUGAAGGAUUUACCGUUGUCUUAUGUACAAUACAAUGAUUCUGAUGAUGAAAACGAUAAGUUAUUUCUAAAAAAAGAAAAUAUAAUUAAAACGUAUUUAGGAGUUAGAAAUAAAAAACAAAUUAAAAACGAUGUAAGAAUUGAAAAAUGUAAAUCAUGGUUGAUUGAUGUAUCGGUUCCAACAACCAAAAGUGAUUUUCUUUGGGAAAAUUUUGUUAGAGAUAAUCAUGAAAAUAUUGGUAGAUAUCUUAAAUCACCUGUUUAUAGAGCAGAUGUGUCAUCAAUAGAACAUUCUAAAAAAAUGAGCAACGAAAAUGAAAAAAGUAAAAAUUUUGAGAUGCAAUAUGAAGAAAAAAUAGCAAGAAAAAAACAAGAUUUUAAAUCAAACAGAAUAUAUAAAGAAAUGGAUACUGUGCGUGGAUAUUGGGAUAAAUCUUCUAAAAAAUGGAUUCGUGUUUAUGACCAAUACAAAUACCCCGAAAAUGAAGACAAUGAAUGCAAAGGGAUGACCUUAAAUCAAUUUCUUCACAAAUGUAAAAAUCAGAAAGAACAUGUAAUAGAACUAACAUCUAGUUCUUCUUCUUCAAUACAGCAAAAUAUUAAUCAGAAGUUUGAAGAUUUAAAUAGUCCGAAUGGAAAAAGAAAAAGAAAAAAAAAAAAUAUUGAAAAUUUCCAGCUUAAAUCUAAGAAAUCUAGAAAAAUGAUAUUAGAUGUAUCAGAUUCGGAAUUACAAAGGAUAAAUAGAGUUCGCCGAUUUGCAUCACGAUUAUUUGAAAAAGAAAGAAAAAUGUACAAUAUGUCACCCACAAUUUCAAAGGACAUUAAAUCUGAACAUACAGUAUUUCCAUUAAAAAAAAUAAUUAAAAAGGAAUCAGAUGGUAAAAUAGAAGAUUGCAAAAAAGAAAGAUUGAGUGAAAAAAGAAAAAAACCUGUGAUUAAAUCAAUAAAAAUAGUAAAUUAUAAUAUAAACAAACAAAAUGAGCAAUUAUAAAUUGUUCUUAAAUAAGAACAACUUAUUUAUAUAUAUGUAAAAUUAUAUUUAUAUUUAUUUAAAAAUAGGUUCAGUAUUAUAGAAUGCUGAAUAAUCUUUAAUUUUCCACAAUAUUUUUUCCACAAUGGAGAUAAACAUUUUUUCUUGACUCUUUAUAAAUUAUAUAUAUAUUUUUAUGAUUAUAUAUUCAAAUUUAUAUUUAUAUAAUUAAAUUUACAUUAUAUUUUCGAAUUAUGAUUCGAAUAUAUGUAUAUGUUUGCAUCCAGAAAAACAAACUAAGAAUGAAAUUAU